AUGUCUGGCCCCAACCACGAAGUCAAGGCAUACUUGCAGAAGCUUAGUGUGCCUCCACCACCCGGUUCACCGUACGCGGUCCCUGUUCCUGGAACCGAGCGCGAAGGUCGCUCUGCCACGUAUCGUCAUUGGCAGUUCAAGGACGGCCCGCUCCUGGACACAUGCGAUCCCUCUGUCCGAACGUUCCACGAAUUAUUUCAAGACUCAGUCAAGCGAUUCCCGAACAACAAGUGCUUGGGCACACGGCACUGGAAUGCGGCUACUAAGAGCUGGGACAACAAGUACACCUUCCAAACGUACGCCGAGGUAGCGGAACGCUCUAAGAACUUGGGAUCCGGUGUUCUCGAGCUUCAUCGCAGGGUCGGUGUGACAGAUGACAAGUUUGGCGUUGGACUAUGGUGCCAAAACCGUGCCGAAUGGCAGAUUACCGAUAUUGCACUCAGCUCACAAUCGCUCUACACUGUCUCUCUCUAUGAAACUCUCGGCCCCGAUACGUCCGAGUUCAUUAUCAAGCAUUCUGAACUCGCCUGUAUUGUGACCUCCCUACCUCACAUUCCAACCCUUCUCGCCAUUGCGCCUAGGCUCCCUCAACUCAAGCUCAUCAUUUGUGCCGAUGAGCUAGAUGCUGGAGAGCCCGAAGGGUAUUCCAAGCUGGCAGUGCUAAACGGUAUUGCUGGCCAGUAUGGCGUCCAGAUCCACACAGUGAGUGGUGUCGAAGAGCUGGGCAAACAGGUCGCUCAUCCUUACCGCACUCCUCAGCCCGAGGAUGUUCUUACCAUCAAUUACACUUCUGGUACAACAGGUGAUCCCAAGGGUGUGGUUCUGACCCACGGGAACUGUGUUGCAGCUGUGACCAGCUCUCGAACGUCUGGAACUUUGAGCUCUAAGGAUAAGUCCAUAUCAUAUCUGCCCCUCGCGCAUAUAUAUGGGCGCAUGAUAGAUCAAACUGCCUUUUCAGAGGGCGCCGCCGUCGGUUUCUUCCAUGGAGACAUGCUUGGACUUGUGGAUGAUUUGAAACUCCUUAAGCCGUCUGGGUUCAACUCAGUUCCUCGUCUUUACAACAGAUUUGCUCAGGGUAUCAAGGCGCAGACUAUUGAGGCAGAAGGCUUCAAGGGUGCUCUUUCGCGGAGGGUUGUUGAUACCAAGAAAGCGAACAUGAAGCUGCCCCCUGGUCAAGCGCACAACUCGCACAUCCUAUACGACCGUCUUUGGACACCGAAGGUUCGGGCAGCUGUCGGUUUAGAGAAUUGCCACUCCAUGGUUAGUGGUAGCGCUCCCUUGGAUCCUUCUGUCCAUGAAUUCUUGAGAGCCGCUUUUGGAAACUACAUCACCCAGGGAUACGGGUUGACAGAGUCUUACGCUGUGGCUUCCUUUCAACAAAGGGGUGACUUCACCACCGGCAAUAUUGGACCCCCAGCCCCGUGUGUCGAAGUGUGCUUGGAAUCACAGCCCGAGUUGGAGUACACUGUAACAGAUAAACCCUACCCAAGGGGCGAAUUGCUGCUGCGGGGCCCUGGCAUCUUCCGAGAAUACUAUAAGAAUCCUGAGGAGACUCAGAAGGCGCUCGAGGCCGAUGGUUGGUUCCACACCGGAGACAUUGCAGAGAUCGACGAGAUGGGACGUAUUAAGAUCAUCGACCGCAAGAAGAACGUGCUGAAGCUGGCGCAGGGAGAGUAUGUUUCGCCCGAGCGGCUCGAAAAUGUCUACAUGGGCAACUCGAACCUUAUCACGAUGGCUUACGUGCAUGGAGAUGGUACCCAAUCUCACUUGGUUGGUGUCUUCGGCGUCGAUCCCGUUACUUUCGGCCCAUUCGCUAGUAAGGUGUUGAAGAAGACAGUCGCACCGGAAGAUAUUGAGGCUGUGAAGGUUGCUGCCAAAGACCCGCUGGUGAUCAAGGCGUUUGUAAAGCACCUUGACGACAUCGGCCGAAAGGCCAAGUUCAAUGGGUAUGAGCGUGUCAAGAAUGCUCUGCUAGCGAUCGAGCCUUUCUCUAUCGAAAAUGAGCUCCUCACACACACAUUGAAGCUCAAGAGACCACAAACGUCGAAGAGGUUCCGGCCCGACAUCGACCGCAUGUAUGAACAAGUCAAUGCCGAGAAUCCAAUCAAGGCGAACCUAUAG